UACUUCCCCUCCUCGGAUUUCUCAGUUUCCUCAUUGGCUGUCUCCCGGGACGACUCUGAGACGUGCAUGUGACAGUUUGUGGCACCAGAACUGGUUAGAAUAGGGACUGCUCCAGGAGUCAGAAUUUUCCCCAGCACUUGACAGAGCUGCGUGGCGCUCACUACCUCCUGGGACCAUUGGAUUUAAGUUGUGAAUUCUCUCUGGACACCAGUAAAUAUGGAAAUGCCAGUUGGGAGAUAGGAAGACUGCAGCCAAAAGAAUGACCAUGGCUUUGGAAGGUGGAGUCCAGGCUGAGGAGGUGGGCACUGUCCUUAGCUCAGAAGUGUGGACAUUCUGCUCAUGCUGAUUAAGUAAUUACCAGGGCCUUCCCUGCCCUGGGCCCCAGUUUGGGCUCUCAGACACAGAGAGGCACCAGACCUGGCACUUCUCCUCAGGAGCUUCGCAGUCUGUGGGGAAGAGAUAGACAAGCAGGCCCACCAUGACCACAAUCUCCAAACUCCAGGGAGCCCAGGGAAGCCCUGCAUAGCAUGAUUUAGUGCCUUUAACCUCAUGACAUCCUGACAGCAUUUCUGGAUGUAGGAAGUCCAGUUGAACAGCCAUGGAAUGGGACAAUGACACAGGCCAGGCCCUGGGCUUGCCGCCCACCACCUGCGUCUACCAAGAGAACUUCAAGCGGCUACUGCUGCCACCUGUGUACUCGGUGGUGCUGGCAGCCGGCCUGCCACUGAACGCCUGCGUCAUUGCCCAGAUUUGCACAUCCCGCCGGGCCCUGACCCGCACGGCCGUGUACACCCUGAACUUGGCCCUGGCGGACCUGCUGUAUGCCUGCUCCCUGCCCCUGCUCAUCUACAACUAUGCCCAAGGUGACCACUGGCCCUUCGGAGACCUCGCCUGCCGCCUGGUCCGCUUCCUCUUCUAUGCCAACCUACACGGCAGCAUCCUGUUUCUUACCUGCAUCAGCUUCCAGCGUUACCUAGGCAUCUGCCACCCUCUGGCCCCCUGGCACAAGCGUGGGGGCCGCCGGGCUGCCUGGCUAGUGUGUGGGGCUGUAUGGCUGGCCGUGACGACCCAGUGCCUGCCCACAGCCCUCUUUGCUGCCACAGGCAUCCAGCGUAACCGCACGGUCUGCUAUGACCUGAGCCCACCUGCCCUGGCCACCCACUACAUGCCCUAUGGCAUGGCCCUCACAGUCAUCGGCUUCCUGCUGCCCUUUGUUGCCCUGCUGGCCUGCUACUGCUGCCUGGCCCGUCGUCUGUGCCGCCAGGACGGCCCAGCAGGGCCUGUGGCCCGGGAGCGGCGUGGCAAGGCAGCCCGCAUGGCUGUGGUGGUGGCAGCUGCCUUUGCCAUCAGCUUCCUGCCUUUCCACAUCACCAAGACAGCCUACCUGGCAGUGCGCUCUACGCCCGGCCUCCCCUGCCCUGUGCUGGAGGCCUUCGCGGCUGCCUACAAGGGCACGCGGCCCUUCGCCAGUGCCAACAGUGUGCUGGACCCCAUCCUCUUCUACUUCACCCAGAAGAAGUUCCGCCAGCGGCCACACGAGCUGCUACAGAAACUCACAGCCAAGUGGCAGCGACAGGGUCGCUGAGUCCACUGGGGCAGGACAAGUGGGGUCUGGGCAACCAUUGUGUCUGCCACUGUGGCUGGGACACCAGAAGCUCCACCAGCCCCAAACCAUGCAAAGAAUUAGAGCUUAGCUCAGCUGGGCAUAGAGUGAGACCCCCCACAGACCCCAAAACUUCACCAACAACUAUUUAUUAAGCCCUUUUUCUGAACCAGGCCCUGUGGGUACAGAGAGACAAGCCUGGACCUGGUUCUCCAGAAGGUCUCAAGAAGCCAUGGAGAGUUGGGGAGAGAGUUAAGCUGCUCACAAAGAUAUAGUACGACAUGUACUGUAACUGAGGAGUAUGCUGCAUACUUUGGAGUCACCAAUAAAGGGAGUAAGAGAAGGUGGGAAGGGGAAGUGAGAGCUUCUGGGAAGGGCCAUUUGAGCUGGGUUUUGAGGGAUGAAUAUGAGAUCUCUGGGGGAUGUGCUAUGUUCCAUUCAUUCACUUGGUACUCCUCUGCCGCCGCUCCUCAUCCUCUCUGCUCCUUGUCCUCAUCUCCACACACAACCCCACCCCAUCCCCGCUCACUACUCCUCCAUUCCUUAUUCCCUCCUCCCAGAUCUGUUUUCCUCCUGUGGAACCAUCUGGCCAGCCCAUGGCUGCUAGUAUGUCACACAGACCCAGUACCGGCAGAACCAGCCAUGGCAAAGGGAGUCUUCCACCUUAGAAGGUUAGAGCGGGGAGAGGAAAGGGCAGAGGGACAAAGCAAGGAGGGGAAGGACUGUACAACUUCUUCAGUAUUUUUCUUUUAGCCCUGCCUAAUCUCCAAGGCUGUUCAGCCAAGGGGACCUUUACAGAAGGGCUCUGCAGGAGUUAAACUCCACAGUUAUGUCUGAGGUGUGCUUGCAGCUGGGGAGGAAGGGGGAAAACCAGGCCCCAACCCAUCUUGGGGAUCCAUUGAAAGUGUCCUUGCUGGAGAGGCUGACAAUUUGGACAGAAGGCAAUUUGAUUCUUUGGGUCACAGUGAGACAGAUGUGUGGGGACAUCAGAAGACAGAGACUGGUUCUUAGUCCCCAUAUAGUGCAAUGCUGUGCCAAGCAGUCCAGGUGUUACCCAUCUUGCAUCUGAGACCAGGCUCUUCAGCUGCCUGUCACGGGGGAGUAAGAGAUGGGGGAGCAGAAGGCAGAGGGCCUCCGCCAACGGCCCAGGCUGAGCGUGGCAGCGAGUCCCAGAUGACUGUCCCAGCAGGAUGCCAAGAACUGUGACCCCUUGGUUACUUUUCCAAGAGUGGAAAUUGUGGGCCACAGGUAAAUUCCAUUCCCAGCUUCCCUUGCAAGGCAGAAUAGCAUAAAAGUUUCAGACCCCAGAGCCAGAUCACCUGGGUGUGUAUCCUGGGUCUAUCAUUUACUAGCUGUGUUACUCUGGGGAAGUUAUUUAACUUCUUCAUACCUUAACUUCCAUAACUGUAAAGUGGGAGUAAUAAUGGUACCUAUUUUGUAAAGUUGUGGUGAGGAUUAAAUUAAUUAAUAUGUGCAAAGCACUUAGAACAACGCCUGGAACAUAGUAGGCAUGCAAUGAAUGUUACUGUUAUAAUGGUUUCGCCUUUUGCUCACACAAGUUUCUCUAGGGUCUGUCUCUAGGAAUAGGCAUAGGAGGUUUCUAAACAAGGAGCUUUAAGCAGGGGAGAUUGCAAGGGUUUUUCUUUCUCCUUUAGCUAGGAGGCAGCUAGUCUUUUAAGAAAAAAAAAAUUCAGCACACUUUUUUGAGAAUAAGAGCCAUAAUCCAUGAGCCCCAUCUGUUCCUAUAAGAAGGAAAAAUCAUUUAUUACAUGCCAGGACCAGGGAGGGAUUCCAAACACCAUUUGGGAGGCUUGAAUUCCUCCUUCCCUUCCCCCUCCUUUUGUUCUUUUCCUCUUCCCCACCGCCCUUCUCCCUUCUCACUUUAACCCAGAGCACUCUCGGUGAUGGAGGGGCAGGGCAGGGCAGGUGGUGGUGGUGGGGGGCUUACUCUGGGAAGGACUGCUUGCUAGCGGGGACAGAGACGACACAGACAGGGGUGGAGUGUGGUGAGGGGCAGGAGGGACCAAAGGGGUUGCGGAAGACUUCCUGGGGGAAGGAGCGGUGCAGCUGGGUCUUAAAGGGUAGAUGUAAUUACACUGAAAGAAAAAGGGUAAGGGUGUUCCCUGGUGCAGGGAACAGCACAAACAAAGGCAUGGAGGAAGGAUAGGCGGAGCUGUGGCCUGAUAUGAAGCUGGAGAGUUAGCAGGGCUAGAGAGGAAAAGGCUGCCGGCCAGGGAAGCACUGGGGAGCCGCAAGGACAGUAGUGGCCAUUGGCCGGGCUCUGUGGAUUCCGGGAACCAUGCAACGUGUGGUAUACUCAUUUUCUCAUUUAAUCCUUAUAAUACCUUAUAAUGGGGAAGCUGAGACCCGGAUGUGGGAACUGACUUACUAAGGUCACACAGCCUUUCUCUAACCCAAAUACUAGAUCCUCCCCUGCUUCACCCUCCCUUCCCUCCCCUUUCCUUUCUUCACCUGACUUCCAAGUGCCCACAUGCCCCACCCAGUCCUAGUAACUGGGGACCCCUAGGAAGUUGUGCCAACCAAUGUCAAUUCUCUUUUAGCUAGGCACAGUCUCCUAGGAUGAAAACUUCAUUUCCUAGCCUCUCUUGCAGCUAGGUAUGGCCAGAUAAAUUACUCCUGGUCCAUGGGAUAUAAGCCAAAUGCCCUAAGGCAGUUUAAUAUGGGAGGAGGGAAUGUCUUUAAGAGACAGGUGGUGUCUGGCCUCCCUUCCCUUCUUGUUGCUUACAUUGUGACGUCACAGCUGGAGCACCAUCUUGGAACAUGAGAAGCAGCUUGCGUUUCUGACCAUUCCAGUUUGGGGCCACCUAAAUCCAGACUUUUGCGUGAGAGAGAAAUAAAUGUCUAUCUUUUUUAA